AUGCAGACGGCAACGCUCCGGGCUGCUCCCCUGCGGCGCACUCACACACACCCGGCGCCUCAAAGGCGGCGAAUACAAACCGCGCAAUGCUUCGCCGACGGCCCGCGCCCUUUGCAAGCCGAGGUCGAGCGCGCAAGAGCCUACUGCGCCAAUCUCAUCCGAACCUACGACACCCCCUCGCACAUCCUCCAAUCCUUCGUCCCGCAAUCCUCCCGUGAUGCCUACCUCGCCAUUCGCGCCUUCAACGUCGACGUCGCCCGCGUGGCCGACACCACCAGCACACCCACCGUCGGCAUGAUGCGCAUGCAGUUCUGGCGCGACACCGUCACCAAAGCACUGGCUGGCUCCCCCCCCAAAGAGCCCGUCGCCAUCCUCCUCGCCCACGCCGCAGAGCACCUGCAGAGCCGCACAGACGGGAAGUCGCGCCUGAGCAAGAACUGGUUCCACCGCGUCAUCAACACGCGCGAGCAGUACCUGGCCAACCCACCCUACCCAACCCUCAGCUCCCUUGAAAGCUACGCCGAAAACACGUACUCGACCUUGUUGUACCUGACUCUGUCCGCCCUGCCCCAGGCCUCGUUGACAACAGACCACAUCGCCUCCCACAUUGGAAAAGCUGCAGGCAUCGCCGCCCUUCUACGCGGCGUCCCGCUCAUCGCCUUCCCCCAGCCCCAGCCCGCCCGCACGGCUGCACACAUCACAGGCCAGUCGGGUCCAGCGCAGGGCGCCGUGCUUUUGCCGCUCGAUGUCAUGGCCGAAGCCAACGUGCGCGAGGAAGACGUGUUUCGCCUUGGGGCGCACGCACCGGGCCUGAGAGACGCCGUCUUUGCAGUCGCCACACGCGCCAACGAUCAUCUCAUCACAGCGAGGGAGAUGCUGGCCAAGCUCCGAAGCGAAGGGAGCCUGGGCCACGCGUUUGAGCAUCAGGACGACGGCGAGCAUCAGUACACUUCUCAGCAGAGGAACGCCGGCAGUGAGCAGCAGUUGAGCGACGUCGAGGCCGCGUUUGGCGUCUUCAUGCCGAGCGUGAGUACCCAGUCCUGGCUCGAUCGGCUGCAAAACGCCGAUUUCGACCUGUUUAGUCCGACUUUGAGGAAGACCGACUGGAAACUGCCAGCCAAGGCCUACUGGGCCUACACAAGGCGGAAGAUAUGA